AUGACUCGCUCUUAUGAGUCUGCAAUUGCAGCUCUCAAUUCCUUACAAACAAACUAUGCGAUUGUGGAGGAACUCCGGAAGUCGACGUCUCGGAAGGACAUGAACGAGCGAUCUUUGCCUGAGACGGUGGAAUGGCUUCAGCGCAUUGGUUACAAGCCUUCAGAUCUCAAUCGAUUGAACGCGGUCCAUGUCGCAGGAACCAAAGGCAAAGGCUCGACCUCUGCAUUCAUCUCGAGCAUUUUAUCCCAGUAUACCCAGCCCGCAGAGGGUCAGUCAACCAGACUUCAUAAGAUCGGACUCUACACAUCCCCGCAUCUCCGGUUCGCUCGCGAGCGCAUCAAGAUUGAUAAUGCACCACUGUCGGAAGAGAAAUUCGCGCAGUACUUUUUUGAGGUCUGGGAUCGCUUGGAAGCAGCCGCGCGGGCGGCUGGCCAGGACCCCACCGCUCCUGGAACCAAGCCCCAAUAUUUCCGCUACUUGACAUUGAUGGCCUUCCACACAUACCUGAGCGAGGGCGUUGACGCUGCUGUCAUUGAGUGCGGUAUUGGAGGCCAAUAUGACUGCACAAAUGUCAUUGAGCAGCCCAAGGUUGCUGCUAUCACUAGCCUCGGCAUUGACCAUACAGCUAUGCUGGGAACUACCAUUGAGCAAAUCGCAUGGCACAAGGGUGGUAUUAUCAAACCAGGUGUCAGAGCGUUUUCUGCGCCCCAAGCUCCAACUGCCGAGAAAGUUCUGGAAGAACGUGCGGCGGAGAAGAACACGCAGUUAGACAUUGUUCGUGGCCAUCCCGAUCUUCAGGCCGGUAGUAGCCAAGUGAAACUUGGGCUGGCUGGUGAUUUUCAAUAUACCAAUGCCUCCGUAGCAGUUGCUGCUGCUGCUGAGUUCUUGCGAAAGACUGGGGUUGCAGAUAUCAAAGAGACCGGGGGCCGCUGUGAGACUCGGUUUGAGAAAAAUGUGACUUGGUACAUUGAUGGGGGCCACACCCUUGAAAGUAUCCGACUGGCUGGGCAGUGGUUUGCCUCUCGGAUCCAGGAAGACUCUUCCUCAAGUGACCUGGCCACGAAGAAGACUCGUAUUCUGAUCUUCAACCAGCAGACCCGGGACAGCACUGCCUUGGCUACAGCCCUCCACGAAACCCUGGCAGCGGCACUGCAAUCUGGAGUUCCCUUCACACAUGCCAUCUUUUGCACGAAUAUCACCUACAAGCAAGCCGGCUACCGCCCCGACCUUGUAAGCAUGAACACCAAUGCCGAUGACGUGGAGCAUUUGCGUGUGCAGAAGUCUCUAGCCGAAGCUUGGAACUCUAUCGACCCUAGUGCUCAGACGAAAGUCUUUGGUACAAUUGAAGAGGCUGUGGAUUAUGCACGUGAUGUGGCCUCUCAAGAGCGUAAGACAGCGCAAAACGAUGAAGCGCCUGUGAUGACUUUUGUCACUGGUAGCUUGCAUCUAGUUGGAGGAUUCCUUGACGUUAUUGAGACCAAGCCAUACACCGAGGCAUAA